AUGGCUGAAGAUAAAGUAAGAGUACAAACCAGUGAUGGUGAAAUACUUGAAGUUGAUUAUGCUAUUGCUAAACAAUGGGCACCUAUUAAAAAUAUGUAUGAAGUCUUUGGUACUCUUGACACAAAAGAUAAGCCUGUUGAAUUAAGUAAUGUUAAUACCGAAACAUUAAACAAAAUUAUAAGUUGGGCUGAUCAUUAUAAACAAAGUUCAGAAGAUGCCGAUGGAGAUGACGAGCCAAAACCAAAAAGAACUGUUGAUUUAUCCGAUUUUGAUAAAAAAUAUUUUGAAGUUAAACAAGAAAUGCUUUUCGAGAUUAUUAUGGCCUCAAAUUAUUUAGGUAUGACAGUUUUACUUGAUAAGGCAUGUAAAACUGUAGCAGAUAUGAUUAAAGAUAAAACACCAGAAGAAGUUCGCCAAAAAUUUAACAUUCCCAAUGAUUUACCACCUUUAGAAAUAACCGUACAAUUAAAUAUUUUCCUUCUUAUUAAUAUGAAUGAUGAUGAUUUAAAUCGAAAUGCCCCUGAAAUAAUAAACCUUGACGAAUCAAUUCAAGAUGAAACAUCAAAUACUCGUCGACGUCGUUCAUCAUCAACAUCCUCUCAAGAAAUUGAAACAUUACCAAGACCAAUAACAGCAUCAAAUAAACGCAAAAAAACAAAUGGAAAUGAUAUUGAUGAUGAUAAUGAUGAUAAAGAAGAUAUUUCACGAACAAUAAUUCAAAAUGAUGCUGAAGUUUGUCCAAUUUGUCUUGAAGAAUGGACUAAUUCUGGUCUACAUAGACUUGUUGCAACUGAAUGUGGUCAUUUAUUUGGCAAAAUAUGUAUUGAAAAAUGGCUUAAAACAUCUCCUAAAUGUCCUCAAUGUCAAUCAACAGUGAAAAAGAAAGAAUUACGAAGAAUCUUUUGUCGAGCACUUCAGGUAUUGGAUACAAGUGAACGAGAUAAUGCAAUUAGAGAACGUGAUCUAGAAAAAAAAGCAAGAAAAAAACUUGCAUAUGAAAAAGCCGAAUUACAAUUAGCUUAUGAUAUUAUUAAAGAUCAAUUAAAACGUUUACAAAAUGAACAUGAUCGUUUAUUAAAGUUAACACAAGGUUUAACUAAUCUCGGAGACACAAUGGAUGAUUCUUCUCGACCUUCAGCAGAUAUGACAACAAUAAAUUUAGCUCCACCACUACCAUCAUUUAAUAUGCGAUUAGAAACUGUAAUUAAAAUACCUGAAGGAAUGUGUCGUGUUCUUGCUUAUGCUCCAUCACAUCAAUGGCUUUUUGUUAGUCAACCAACAAAUAACAGUUUAUAUCCUGGUUAUGGAAUCAAAAAGAUCAGUCUAAUUGAUGGUGGUCGUGCUCUAGACUAUACAACACUUCGUCAUACAAAACCAAUUCGUGAUAUUCAACUCCAUGGUGAUCUAUUAUUAUCUUGUGCUUGGGAUAAAACAAUGCGCAUAUUCGAUUAUACACGGAAUACAUUUAAUCUUUUAUGUGAAUGUGCAUCCCAAGUAUGGAGUUGUGCAUGGAAUCUUGAUGAUCCAAAUAUAAUUUAUGCUGGAUUAAAUAAUGGUCGUGUUCAAGUAUUUGAUCGAAGACAAAUUCAAACAGGUGAAACAACAUUAUCAUCAAGUAUUGAAACAUUAAGUUUAUCAACAGCAUCACCAAUUGUUAGUUUACAAUAUAUUCAACGCAAUACAAAUUUUCAAUCAAGUGGAUUACUUGUUGGAAGUAAUGAUAAAAGUGGAUUUUAUGAACAUAUACCAAAUAGUGAAUAUCGUUAUCAUGCAUUACCGAUUGAUAAACAUUUAUCUAGUCUUCAUUAUGAUUCAACAACAAAUCGUUUAUUAGCAUCUUUUCGUCCACAAUCAAGUCCAGCACGACAUGAAUUAUAUGAAUUAAUAACACGACCAAUUGAAGAUUCUGAACAAUCAUUUAUUGUUUCUUUACAAUUAAUUCAAACAUUCAUUGGUUCAAGUAUUAAUAUCGUUUUGUCAAGAUCAAAAAUUCUUCAUAAGAAUUUUGAAACUUAUAUUGUCGCGUCAGAUAAUGGAUCACAUGGUAUUGAAUUAUGGAAUAUUCGACAACCAUCUGAAACACCUUCAUUUAAAGUUCCCACCCAAUGUGAUAUAGUUGAUGUAUGUUUAACUCGUCAACAUUUAUGUGCAUUAGCCGAUAAUCAAGUUCGAUUGUAUAAAUGGACAUAA